AGGAAGCAGUUUUUGCUGCGACGGUCCUCAAAGUCAAAUGUUAAAAUCAAUUAAGAGCAAACGGCGGGAUGAUGCGUGGCUUGUGCUGCAAGCUCCUCCUUGCUGCUGUUGGCCUUUCUGUGGACGACUUUUACCAGAAAGACCAUUGAAAGUAUGUCACAUUACUAAUUUGGGAUAUUUGGUAUUACAAAUGCCGUUUACUACAUCUGUAGUAUACUUUGUUCUUCUAGUCAUGGCAUCUGAACAUCAGAGAAUCUACAACACAUAUUACCAAUUCCUUCAACCAAUAUGCUUGGCUUCUAUAUUGCUUGGCAUUUACGGAAUAAAUGUUACUUUAAAAUUGGCAUCUGCAGUGUUGCCAGAGCGGCCUUUGCAGAAUCGGUUCCGGUGUUUGCAGUUAGUGUUGAUCAGUACGAAGUUGCAGGCGUUGCUCAUCCGUUUGCUUGCCAGCAACGGGGUCGUGCCAUGCAUGCCGCCUUUGGCGCCGGCGCUUGUCGCAAAUUUGAUUCAAAAUUCGCUGGUUCUCUGUGAAAUGCUGCUAUUAGCUGUUUGGGCGCGUUUUAUUUACAGAAAUCCAGUAUCCAAGCAGGAUGAAAAUACCCCUAUAAAUAUUGCAGUAAGCGCAAGAAGCGACAACAACAACGCUGUUUUGGCAAAUCCUCAAAUCGCAAGGCCUUGGACUGGAUCGAAGGAUAAUGCUUUUGUGAUCGAAAACCAGUACGGAGAUAUGACUAGUCCAGUAAAACAUGCAGCCAGAUCUACCAGAGACAACACCAGGAGUGAUGUGCACAUGUAG